UAUAGCAAACCCAUCUGCCAGGCGGCCUAUCAGAAUGACUUGGGUCAAGUGUGCCAGUGGGUGAGGGAAGACGGCAACUAUAUCAACGUUCAAGAUGGCUUUAAUGGAGACACCCCCCUGAUCUGCGCUUGCAGGCGAGGGCACCUGAGAAUCGUUUCCUUCCUUCUGAGAAGAAACGCUGAUGUGAACCUCAAAAACCAGAAACAGAGAACCUGCUUGCAUUAUGCUGUGAAGAAAAGAUUUACCUUCUUUGAUUAUCUACUCAUUAUCCUCUUAAUGCCUGUCCUGCUUAUUGGCUAUUUCCUCAUGGUAUCAAAGACAAAGCAGAAUGAGUCUCUUGUACGAAUGCUACUUAACGCUGGUGUCGAAGUUAAUGCUACAGAUCGUUAUGGCUGCACUGCGCUACAUUAUGCCUGCGAAAUGAAAAACCAGACUCUCAUCCCUGUGCUCCUUGCAGCCCAUGCAGACCCCAUGAUAAAGAACAAGCAUGGUGAGAGUUCCCUGGAUAUUGCACAGAGAUUAAAAUUUUCCCAGAUUGAAUUACUGCUAAGGAAAGCAUCAUAA